GUAGCUACUCAGUCAGUCAUGCAGUUUCAGACUUGGAAUCCAGUGCAAUGACACUCCAACUUAUUCUAACAUUUUAUCACUAUCAUUGCUUGGUCUUGGUUAAGAUGUUGUUGGAAUUGAGACAGGCAGGCGGAGAGAGAAAGAGUUUGUGUGUAUUUUAUUUUCCCAAUAACACAUUAAAAAAGUGCCAUUGCUGUGCCUCUUCCUGCAUUCUUCUGUCUUUUCUAAGCUCAACUUUGACCCAAGAACCCUCACACCUUUCGGCGUUCUUUUCUUUUUUUCUUUAUUUUUUAAUUUCAUCAUGUCUAUGUUCACUUACGCAUUAGUCAUACUCCUCCUAACCCAUUGGUGUUAUCACAAUAUUAUACUCCAUUAUUAUCAUUAUCUUAAACUAAACAACAAUCAUUAUUCUUACUUACUAUACUAGUACGAGUACAUGUACAGAACUUGAAUACUAUAUUACUAUUUACUAUACCAUAUCUUCUUAAUCUUCCUCCACAAAGAAGAACACCAACUAAACUCGUUGCUUUCUAGUUUCGCUUCACACUUCGCACUUAACGUAUCCGCCAAAUCUAGGGGGAUAUUCCACCUCCACAUCUCUGCAAAAGAUACCCUUUUGCUUCUUUUCAGAAUAUGGGCUUAGUCUGCAGCAGAAAUCGCCAAUAUCGUGAUGCUGAUGCUGAAGAAAAUGCUCAGGAUGCAGAAAUUGGAAGGAGAAUUGAGUUAGAAACAAAGGCUGAAAAGCAUAUUCAGAAACUUCUGCUACUAGGUUCUGGAGAGUCUGGGAAGUCUACAAUCUUUAAGCAGAUAAAACUCUUGUUUCAAACUGGCUUUGACGAGGCUGAGCUAAAAAGCUACAUACCAGUCAUUCAUGCUAAUGUGUAUCAGACAAUAAAAAUACUGCAUGAUGGGUCAAAAGAGUUGGCGCAGAAUCAUGUUGAUUCUUCAAAGUAUGUGAUAUCUAACGAAAACCAGGACAUUGGUGAAAAGCUCUCAGAAAUUGGUGGUAGGCUAGAUUAUCCGCGUCUUACCAAGGAGCUUGCACAGGAAAUAGAGACUCUGUGGGAGGAUGCUGCAGUUCAGGAAACAUAUGCCCGUGGCAAUGAACUCCAAGUUCCAGAUUGUGCCCAUUAUUUCAUGGGAAAUUUGGAGAGGCUGUCUGAAGCAAAUUAUGUUCCCACAAAGGAGGAUGUUUUGUAUGCAAGAGUUCGUACAACUGGUGUUGUUGAGAUCCAGUUCAGCCCUGUUGGAGAAAAUAAGAGAAGUGGCGAAGUCUAUAGACUCUUUGAUGUUGGUGGCCAGAGAAAUGAGAGGAGAAAAUGGAUCCAUCUUUUUGAAGGAGUUACAGCUGUAAUAUUCUGUGCUGCAAUUAGCGAGUAUGAUCAAACACUUUAUGAGGAUGAAAACAAGAACAGAAUGAUGGAAACUAAGGAACUUUUUGAGUGGGUCCUGAAACAACCGUGUUUUGAGAAAACAUCCUUCAUGUUAUUUUUAAACAAGUUUGACAUAUUUGAAAAGAAGAUCCUGAAAGUUCCGCUUAAUGCAUGUGAGUGGUUCAAAGAUUACCAGCCAGUUUCAACAGGAAAACAAGAGAUUGAACAUGCGUACGAGUUUGUUAAGAAAAAGUUUGAGGAAUUGUACUUCCAGAGCACUGCUCCUGACCGUGUAGAUCGUGUCUUCAAGGUGUAUCGGACGAGUGCCCUUGAUCAGAAGCUUGUGAAGAAGACUUUCAAGCUUGUUGAUGAGACUUUGAGACGGAGGAAUCUCUUUGAAGCUGGCUUAUUAUGACCAUGCAACACUAUAAUAUGUUUAAGAGGGAUAUGAUAUUUUUACAUUGGAAGGGUCAUCUGAUUUUGGGUAUAUUAGAGGUCAGGUAUACAGCAAUAUAAAAUCGAUUUGUUGAUUUUAUGUCAAGUAAAUCCUGGGUGGAUAGGGAAAGCUUUCUGAGCACUUGAUCAUAACAUCCAUCUUUAGAAGGAAAAUUAGUUGCGCUUAAAUUUUCAGAGACGACAUCAUGCUUUGUGAUUAUAACAUUGAUUGAAAGUCACUAAUGAUAUAUUUCAUAUCCUUUAUAUUUAUGUUUA